GGGGAUGUCACCUACCUCACUGAAGGUAUGAAUAUAAAGUCAGUGUGAAAAAGAAGGAACGUAUUUCAUCUGCUGACAACGGCUCAUUCAUCUGGAGCAGAAAACACCUGUCCCUGUUUCCUCCAGACUUUUACACAGUAUCAGAAUCAGUAAGACCGAAGGCCGAUGGGGCAGUUCAUAUCCAAACCAGACGGGCUGGCCCCAGGAGGUCUCCCUCGGGUUCGUUUCUCAACCGGUGAGGAAGGACCUCCCAGGUACUCUCCACACCAUUUUGAUGCCAGCAGCCGACAACAAGUUGUCUCUGACGUGGAAUCAAGUGAGUCAGAGCGUCAGGGCUCGAAGGCAGAGCUGCGGAGAUCCUCCAUCUACAGCACCUUAGACAUGGUGCCGCAGCUGGAACAUUAUGCCAGAACUCUGCCACGUGAGCAGUCGAGGAAUCGACCUUCUCUGGAGGCUCUCCGCAAGGCAUUUGAUGUCUCACAGCGACAACAGGAGGUGGAGGCAGGGAAGGAAGUAGAAAACACCACCACAGACUCAGGAGUAAGCAGUCAGCCAGCCGCUGAUGGCGAAAAUGAAGAAUCAAAAACACAAGGUCCUGAGGAGAAACCUCCUGUUAGAUUUGGUUGGGUGAUUGGAGUCAUGAUGCGUUGCAUGCUGAAUAUUUGGGGUGUCAUCUUGUUUCUCCGCCUGUCGUGGAUCACUUCUCAGGCAGGCAUCGUGUUGACCUGGGUUAUUAUCAUGAUGUCUGUGUCAGUGACCACAGCAACUGCCCUCUCCAUCUCUGCCAUCUCCACCAAUGGGAGGGUGAUCUCAGGUGGGACCUAUUUCAUGAUCUCCCGCUCUCUGGGUCCUGAAAUCGGCGGACCAAUUGGGCUGGUCUUUUCCUUCGCCAACGCUCUGGCUUGUGCACUCAACACUGUUGGCUUUGCAGAGGUGGUCCGUGAUCUAUUGAAGGAAUUUGACUCUGUCAUCGUCGAUGCAGUCAAUGAUGUCCGUAUUGUGGGUGUGGUCACGGUAACAAUUCUUCUGUUCAUUACAUUGGGUGGAAUGGAGUGGGAGUCCAAGACCCAGAUUUUGUUCUUUGUAGUGCUUAUGGUCUCCUUUGCCAACUACAUUGUGGGCACAUUCUUGCCACCCACUAUAGAGAAAGAGGCCGUGGGCUUCUUUGGAUACCGCAGUGACAUCUUUGUAGAAAACCUGAAACCAGACUGGAGAGGACCUCAAGGCAACUUUUUCCAAAUGUUUGCCAUCUUCUUCCCUGCUGCCACUGGCAUCCUGUCUGGAGUAAACAUCUGUGGAGACCUCAAAGACCCUGCUACUGCUAUCCCCAAAGGCACCCUCCUGGCCAUUUUCUGGACUACAUUCAGCUAUUUAGCUAUUUCUAUAACUGUUGGGGGAUGUGUCAUACGGGACGCUUCAGGAAAUAUGAGUGACAUUUUGACUGGAAACACCACUGAUGGUUGUUUGGGUCUGGGAUGUAACCUGGGCUGGAACUUCACAAAAUGCAUCCAGUCACAGUCUUGUGAAUAUGGUCUGGCCAACAGUUCAAAGGUACUGGGCCAAGUUUCAGGCUACUACUUCCUCAUCACUGCUGGUGUGUUUGCAGCCAGCUUGUCAUCUGCUCUCGGCUUCCUCGUCUCUGCUCCUAAAAUCUUCCAGUGUCUGUGCAGAGACAACAUAUACCCCUACAUUGGGUUCUUUGCAAAGGGUUAUGGGAAAAAUGAUGAGCCACUCCGGGCCUAUGUCCUCUGCUACGUCAUUUCUGUGGCCUUCAUUCUCAUUGCUGAGCUGAACACCAUUGCAGCCUUAAUCUCCAACUUCUUCCUGUGUUCCUACUGUCUCAUCAACGUCAGCUGCUUUCAUGCUUCAAUCACCAACUCACCUGGUUGGAGGCCAGAAUUUCACUACUACAGUAAAUGGACAGCUUUGUUUGGAUCUGUGGUCUCUUUGCUUCUGAUGUUCCUGUUGACCUGGUGGGCUGCUCUCAUCACCGUCAGUAUCAUCAUCUUUCUGUUUGUAUACGUCAACUACAACAAGCCAAAGGUAAACUGGGGAUCAUCAGUCCAGGCAAGUACAUACAACAUGGCUUUGUCAUACUCUGUCUCCCUGACUGGUGUGGAGGAUCAUGUCAAGAACUUUAGACCACAGUGUCUCGUCCUGACCGGGCCGCCAAACCAGCGACCUGCACUCGUGGACUUUGUUGCCUCCUUCACCAAGCAUAUAAGCCUCAUGAUCUGUGGAGACAUUAUCAUGGAGCAGGACGAUCAAACCCAGCCACAGGACGCCACAGAGUGGCUGGUAAAGUGGAUGAACAAGAGGAAGGUGCGCUCGUUUUAUACCCCUUUCAGUGCCGACAGCCUCAGAGCUGGAGCUGGACACUUGCUGCAGGCUUCUGGUCUCGGCAAGCUGAAGCCCAACACUCUGGUCCUCGGCUUCAAGACAAACUGGAGGGAGAGUUUUCCUGAAAGUAUUGAAGAUUAUAUCAACACCAUAUAUGAUACCUUCGACUCCAACUACUGUUUGUGUAUCCUGAGGAUGAUGGACGGGCUGGAUAUCUCCGAACAGACUGAAUUCGAAGUGAACCAGGGCUUUGAACCUGAUGAAUCUGUUGAAAAUGAGGACCAGCAAUCUCCUGAGAGAGAGUCAGCUGAUGACAUCUCUGAAAACGGCGACAGCAAUCAGAUCAAGACAGUGUUUCAGAAUAGCCAGGGGAAGAAGACCAUCGACGUCUACUGGAUAUCUGACGAUGGAGGUCUGACUUUGUUGGUGCCUUACCUGCUCACCCGGAGAAAACGCUGGCACCGCUGUAAAGUCAGGGUCUUCGUUGUGGGAGAUGAACAAAACUUGGAGGAAGGCCGCAACAAGAUGAUCGCUCUGCUGAAGAGGUUCCGUCUGGAUUUUAAUGACGUUAUAGUCAUGACAGACAGCGAGAAGCGUCCACAUGCCAAGAACCUGAGUAGGUUUGUGGACAGUGUCGCCCCCUUCAGGCUUUAUGAUGAACAGCAGGAAGGUGUCUCAGUUCAGGAGCUGAGACAAAGUGCCCCAUGGAAAAUAUCUGACAAAGAGUUUGAGGCCUUCAAACUUAAGUCUGAGAGAAAAGUGAGGCUGAAUGAAAUCAUCCGGAGGAAUUCACAACAUGCCGCUCUCGUGCUUGUGAGCCUUCCUGUGCCACAGAGUGACUGCCCCAGUGCUCUGUACAUGGCCUGGCUGGAUACUCUGACCUGCGGCCUGCACUGCCCCGCGGUGCUGAUACGAGGGAACCAGCAGAACGUCCUCACUUUCUACUGCCAGUAAAUCCUGCCUCUCUGAAUCAGCUAGUUUAGGAUCCAGAGCACCUUCAAAGAUCAAAUGCUGAGUAAUAUGUACAGGAAAUUCAAUAUUUUUUUCCAUAAGUGGCUUGAUUUCUGACUUCAUUAAUCUGCACUGUUUGUAUAGGCUGCAUUUCAUGUAAUGUAUAUUUUAUUUGCUUAAUACUGUGAUAUGUUUGUUUUCUAUUAUAUCAAAUGAAACUGCAACUCUCCCAAAUGACAGUGAGUUAUUCUCAUCAACAAUGGACACUGAUAAAGAUCUGAAACUUCAAUGUUUUAAGACUGCUGACAUCAAUGUGGCAACUAGAGGCAAUGUGUACAGCACAGCCUUAAUAUAAUACUGUGAUCAGUCAGAGACAUCAGAGCAGAGUGAAGCCGAGGACAGAACAUCUUCGUUAAGACUCUGCUGUGACAGUCCAGUGUAUUCUCUGUUUGUAAAAGAGUUAUUCUUCUUCUUCUUCCCUCAGUAUUUCUGUUAAAUACCUCUAUUUACAAAUAACACUGAACAAGUUUCACAACAGCAUCUUUGCAUUUUAAAUGCUUUUGGACAUUUAAAAUGUGGGGACACCCUGGUAGCUCACCUGGUAGAGCAUGUACAUUAGAGCGUGAGACAUUAGACUCAAA